AUGGCGAGGACGAAAUCCAGCCGUGCACCGCUGCAGCCGCAUGAGAGCGUCGACACCACCGCAGAGGCGGCCCCGGCGCUGUCCUUCCUCGUCUACCCCGUCCCCAGCAUUGCGGACGCGUCUUUCCUGCAGCUGAUCUUCCGCAACACGGUGCGGCGGAGCCUCUUCCUCGGCUUCGGCCGAGGCCGCGUUGCCCUGGCGGAGCUCGCGAGCGCGGCGGUGGCCGCGGAGGUGGAGGCGAUUAUCCACAAGGCGGCGGCAGCAGUCGCAGGCCCGGAAGACGGUGCUGCUGCAGCUCAAGAUGCGAGCGGUCUCGCAGCGGGCGCGGCUCCACGGCACGGCGCUCCUGAACGCCUGGCCGGCGACGAUGACUUCGAGCACAUGACGCUGGCGGACCUCUUCGCGCCACCACCCGGGUCAGCCUCACAAGGCUCCGCGUCUGCGCCGCGGCAGGAGCACCAGCCGAGCAACAACGGAGGCGGCACGGCGGCGGGCGGGGAGUCGCUCGACUUCAGUCACCUCCCAUAUCUCGUGUGGCGUGACAGGCCUGUGCACGUCGUGGUGAGCGGGGUGCGGGUGGCAGACUUCUACGGCAGUGGUGGCGCGGUGCCCGAGCACCACGUGAAGCGCACCACCGAUGCGGAGGAGCAGCGCAGCGGCACCAAAUUGAAAAGACCGAACACCGGCAAGCGCACUCGCGACGACGCCGACUCGACGGCCGCACUCUCGUCGCCGCCGGUAGCGAACCAGCAGGCAGUAGCGGAGGAACGUGCGCAAGGCAGCGGGGCGCUGGAUGCCGCCGUGACGGCGGCGGCGGUGCCCAAGUCACGCUUCCCAAAGGACUGCUGUCAGAAGUGUGGUAGCGCCGACCACUUCACGCGCCACUGUGACGGCAGCGGCACCACCACCACCACCACCAGCAACAGCAGCGGUCUCAGUGUCGCUGCAGUGCCCUGCCCUUCCGUUGCCGUGGGUGUGGAUCAGCAGCCACAGCACGAGUCUGUCGCUGCCGCCGUGGCUGCGCCGACACCGCGGCCGGCAAAGGCGAAGCCCCUCGUGCAGCGCACCUCGAAGGAUCAGUGCAAGUACUGCGGCUCCGAGGCGCACCUCUCGCGUCACUGUCCGAGUAAGAGCUAA